AUGGCAGCCUCCCAGCUGGCAGCUCUGGAAGGAGAGGAGUCCGGGGCUGGGGUGCUGCCCCUGACCGAAGCCAGCCCCGGCUUCCUAUACUCCGAGGGCCAGCGGCUGGCCCUGGAGGCUCUGCUGAGCGAGGGCGCAGAGGCGUUCCAGGCCUGCGUGCAGCGCGAGGGGCUGUGGCCCUUCCUGAGCGGGGAUGAGGCCCAAGGCUUGGUGGCAACAGCUGAAGACUGGCCAGUAGCCAAGCCGGAGCCCAGCAGGGCAGCAGAGGGAGCCACUGCCACCGAGGAGGACGUGGGCAGCCUGACCUACUGGCCUGGGCAGUCGGAGCUGCCGGCGCCUGUCCUGCGGCUGGGCUGGCCAGCGGACUCGGCCUGGAAGGGUAUUACCCGGGCACAGCUGUACACUCAGCCCCCUGCAGAGGGCCACCCGCCCCUCAAGGAGCUGGUGCGCCAGGAGAUCCAGGCUGCCCACAAGCUGGUGGCCGUGGUCAUGGAUGUCUUCACUGACCCAGACCUGCUUUUGGACUUGGUGGCUGCCGCCACGCGCCGCUGGGUACCUGUCUAUCUGCUCCUGGACCGCCAGCGGCUGCCUGCCUUCCUGGCACUGGCCCAGCAGCUGGGGCUGAACCCCUGGGCUACAGAGAACCUGGACGUCCGCGUUGUGCGGGGCUGCAGUUUCCAGAGUCGCUGGCGACGGCAGGUGAGCGGCCACGUGCGGGAGAAGUUUGUGCUGCUUGACGGUGACAGGGUCAUCUCAGGAUCCUACAGCUUCACAUGGAGCGACGCACGCCUGCACCGAGGCCUGGUGACCCUGCUGACCGGGGAAAUCGUCGAUGCCUUCAGCCUUGAGUUCCGGACGCUGUAUGCAGCCUCGGGGCCUCUCCCACCCGCGCCCCCUCAGGGCCCCUUGGUCAGCGUCAUGGGGGGCCUGCAGCUGGCCCACAGCCCACACCGCGUGGCCCAUCGCCGCUCUGUGGCCCCCGCGUCACCUUCACCACCCGACAGCCCCCUGGCCCAUCGCCUGGCUGCCUGUCACGUCUUCAAGGGAGACAGGAAGGAGUCCCCUGCCCCCCCAGGACCAGCACUCAGUGACAUCCUAAGGAGCAUACAGCGUGGCCAGCCCCCCAGCGGACCCCCAGCCCGGCCCAGCCGCUCCCUAUGGGACCUGAGCCGCCUGUCCCAGCUGUCGGGCUCCAGUGAUGAUGACAAGCUCCAGAAGUCCCGGGGCUCCAAGGACACCCCGGCCAAGGCCCUGAUGCGGCAGCGGGGCACUGGAGGGGGCCCCUGGGCCGAGGCCGACUCCCGUCCUCCUCCGCUGGCCUGGUCCCAGCCCUGGGGCGGUCCCCUGCCCCUCAUCCCUCCACGACGCCUCCACUAUCUGUCCCCAGCCCCAAGGAGGUUUGGUGAAGAUGCAGCGUCCAAACUCCCAGAGCCCAGAGGCAUCCGGCAGCCAGACUGGGCCUCCCGCGCGGGACCUGCGGGGCAGCCCUGA